AUGGGACCUCCACGCAAACAAGAGACCUCGCAAAAGUUGAAGCGGCUCAAGGAAUUCUUCCGAUCCGGUGGGAAACGUCAACAGCCUCAAGCUCCCAGACGUUCAGACGAGGACAAGAACAUGCUAUCCCCGACACGGACGCUGUCUUUCAAUAGCUAUCUUGAAAAAGUGGAGGAGGAAAACAAGCGACGUCUCCAGGCGGCAGUGGAUAUUCGCCAAGCCAUCACCCAAAACGACUAUUACCGCGUCAUUGAGUUAUAUCAGCAACAUGCCGCUCUUCGUCCCAAAGACAAGAGAGGGCGAACUCCGCUUCAUGCGGCUGCCGAGCUGGGCCGAGACCUUAUCCUGCGCUUUCUCCUGGAUCAAAAAGGUGUGAGCCUCGAUGCCACCGACAUCCAUGGCCGUACUGCUCUACACUUCGCAACCAUUCAUAAUCAUGCUGAUUGCGUAUCCUACCUCUUGGAGAGGGGAGCAAAUGCUCAGCUUGUUGAUGGGAACGGCCACCUGCCAUCGUUCUACGCGUCAACUGACACAAAAGCAAAGUUCGACAAUCCCCCUAUUGUCCAUAGCAGCGACCAGUAUGCCGCUACCAACAACUGGAGAAACAGGGCUGCGUUCGACACAGGACCAACACCUCCUAAUGGUGCCCGAGAGGAAGUGUGUCGUUAUUUCCAAGGCAGCCUCUGGGUACCCGACCUAUCUACUAGAUUUCGUAUACUUCCGGUUUGGGAGUUGGUGUACGAAGCCGGUCGAUAUGAAGAUCUUUGUAGGCGGUUUAGCAUUCGCCAACAAACAACGGUGGACAAGAAGAAAUGGAUCCAUUUGCCAAUUGCCAGCAGGGAACUACUUCUUGACCUUGCAAAGAGGAUUUACACUGCUUCAGGACGCGAUCUACAGUCAUAUCAGAGAGUGGAAAAGCUUGUCAUCGACAUGUUCAAACAGGUUGAUGUGACAGGUCCAGAGGGGAAAGUACACUUCAAGGCAUGUUUCAAGAGCUUGAAGCAUAGCGGUCAACCCGACUCCGACGAAGGGCCAUCUAAAUCCGGAAGCAUUUAUGCGAUGGCUCUUCCUGUGGUCGAUGUCGACAAGAAAGAUUACGUUUCUGUGGCGCGCGCAGCUCAAGAACAAGCGACGAAGAAAGCGAAGCCGAGGCAAGAAACAAAGUUGUAUCUUGGUGACCGUGCAAAGAAGCACUUUGGCUAUAUGCUCAAGGCAGUGGGCUUCAUGGGCCAACCGCUGCCUCGUUGCCUCGACCAAUCCUAUCAUGACGACUUGGACAACGAUAAACUGGAAUUUCUCAAUAACGACCAGGUCAUCGUACGGUACAUCAGAUAUCUGAAGGCCAGAUGCUCGCGGGGUGCCAAAGAAAUGGGAUAUUCGGCUGGCCUUGACUCGGCGGAUCUUGGCGAAAAGACAAGAGCUCAUGCUCAGUACGAAGACACUGAGCCAGCGCCUCAAAAUGAACCCGACCAGCGCCAGCAACCGACUAGCACCCGAGUAGGAUCAUCAGAAAAUGACAGAACUCCGGCACAAGACAAUACGACCAGUCAUAUCCCGAUGGAACAAGGACCACAGCCAUUGGAACAGACAUCUUUCGAAGCACCGCGACCUCCUCACAGCCCACGAAGAACCUACACUGGUGCUUCGACAACAUCACAGCCGCGCCAGUUUUCGCUUCAACGCUCAGACACCGAUACAAGCAUGUCUCCAGAGGAUGCGAUGAGGCUUUUCGAGUCUCUGCACGUUGAAGCGAGUGACCAGAAGAAGCUAGCACAAUCUGGGAAUCCAGUCAUGUUAUCCGGAUCGGGCCCUGCUAAUGUAACCCACCAAUCUCCCGGCCAAACUGAACAUCGGGCAGGCCCAGCCACGCCAAAGCCUGCAACGCCUGGCACCCUCGGUGCUUUUGUGAAGGAAUCUGCGGACACUGGGGAUCAGGGAAACGCGGUCAACGGUGGCCCGGGACAUGUGUUUGCGUCUGAACCAAUAUCUUUAAAAGAGUCAGAUGACUUUUUGACUGUUCCGUAUUUCUGGCUCUUCAAACUCGACACAGACACAAUAGUAACUCUCUACCCGGAGAGGUGGGACAUGGGGAACGAACAACAACUGCAGCGUCAUAUUCUGGACAGUGUCAGUGAUGACCGACACAUUCACAACAAAACUCAUGACAACAGCGGCGAGGACCUGGACAUAGACCUUGUAACCAAGGCUGUUCUGAAAGCGUGCAUGUCUUUCGAGGCAAAGGCGCUUGUCCCGUCCAUCAAUCCGGAUGCCAUCUUCGAUGAGGAUGACGAAUGUAACGGUGGAGAGCUCAGAAGGGUGAUGCUUCCGUAUACAGAAGCCUUUUCGGCCUCAAUCGCUCAGCUUAACGAAACGGCCAUCCUCAUCGACAUCGAUGAUACCAUUGGCGAGAUCGGGAUGAUCAAACGAAUCUUGUCAAAUCAGAUCAAGAUCUUUGAUCGAUUCCAAAAUGAGGUCCGAGGCAAGAACCCUAACAAAGUUGCCAAAGUACACGAGGGAGAGAUCUUGGCACGGUUUGAUAUGCUCGAGGAUGAAGCGAAACGUGUCCGGUCCAUGGUUACUACCUUGCUGGACUUGCGUCAACGAGAAGCAACGCUCGAGGACGCUCUGUCCAUGGGUGAGCAAUCGACCAUGCUCUUCGUUUUCACUGCAGUGACUGUUCUAUUUACUAACCCUCGGCAUGGUGGAGAAGGAGGUGGCCGACUAUAUUUGAAGGACGGGGCCGUAGAAAACCGACAGUCCGAGGAACCCCGGCUGGUUUUCAUCAAGGACCAGGAGAACAAGCCCCGAACCGAGACGCCAUUUUACAUAGUCCUACUCGACAAGACAAUCCAGGUGCAAAUUCCAAUUUGCAACUUGUCGGAAGCUUAA